GCAUCUUAGCUUGCUGAUCCAGAGGUGCUGGUCAUUAUGGGAAAUCAACUUGCUGGCAUUGCUCCUUCCCAGAUUCUCUCUGUAGAGAGUUAUUUCUCAGAUAUCCAUGACUUUGAAUAUGAUAAGAGCCUGGGAAGUACUCGGUUUUUUAAGGUUGCUCGAGCAAAGCACCGGGAAGGCCUGGUGGUUGUUAAGGUCUUUGCGAUUCAAGAUCCCACAUUACCAUUAACUAGUUAUAAACAAGAGCUGGAGGAACUGAAAAUCAGGCUUCAUUCUGCACAGAACUGCCUACCUUUCCAGAAAGCAGCAGAAAAAGCGUCUGAGAAAGCAGCCAUGCUGUUUAGGCAGUAUGUGAGGGACAACCUCUAUGACCGCAUAAGCACCCGUCCAUUCUUGAACAAUAUUGAGAAGCGCUGGAUCGCCUUCCAGAUCCUGACGGCUGUGGACCAGGCGCACAAAUCUGGAGUCCGGCAUGGAGACAUCAAGACAGAGAAUGUGAUGGUCACCAGUUGGAACUGGGUUCUUCUAACUGAUUUUGCCAGCUUUAAACCCACUUACCUUCCAGAGGACAAUCCAGCAGAUUUCAACUAUUUCUUUGAUACAUCACGUCGGAGGACUUGCUAUAUUGCUCCUGAACGUUUUGUUGACGGUGGUAUGUUUGCCACCGAGCUAGAAUAUAUGAGAGACCCCUCAACUCCACUUGUAGACCUAAAUAGCAACCAGAGAACACGGGGAGAGUUGAAGAGAGCCAUGGACAUCUUUUCAGCAGGUUGUGUGAUAGCUGAGCUUUUCACGGAAGGGGUACCACUGUUUGAUCUCUCUCAACUGUUGGCAUAUAGAAAUGGACAUUUUUUUCCUGAACAAGUGCUAAAUAAAAUUGAAGAUCGCAGUAUCAGAGAAUUGGUAACUCAGAUGAUCCACCGUGAGCCUGAAAAGCGUUUGGAGGCAGAGGAUUACCUGAAGCAGCAGCGUGGGAAUGCCUUCCCUGAGAUAUUUUAUACUUUCCUUCAGCCUUACAUGGCUCAGUUUGCCAAGGAAACCUUCCUCUCUGCAGAUGAGCGGAUUUUGGUUAUACGGAAAGAUUUGGGUAACAUAAUUCACAAUCUCUGUGGACAUGAUUUGCCCGAGAAAGCAGAAGGGGAACCCAAGGAAAGUGGGCUGGUUGUCCUGGUGUCUGUCAUAACAUCCUGCCUGCAGACCCUGAGGUCCUGUGACUCCAAACUGGCUGCCUUGGAGCUCAUUCUGCACUUGGCCCCAAGGCUGAGUGUAGAGAUCCUUCUGGAUCGCAUUACACCCUACUUGCUGCACUUCAGCAAUGACUCGGUUCCCAGAGUGCGGGCUGAAGCCCUGAGGACACUCACCAAAGUUCUUGCCCUUGUCAAAGAGGUCCCUCGGAAUGAUGUCAAUAUCUAUCCAGAGUACAUUCUCCCAGGCAUAGCCCACCUGGCCCAAGACGAUGCUACUAUCGUCAGACUGGCCUAUGCUGAAAACAUCGCUCUACUGGCUGAAACUGCUCUGCGCUUCCUAGAACUAGUGCAGCUAAAAACUCUCAACAUGGAGAACGACCCGGAUAGUGAGGAGGUAGAUGAAGCCACUCAGCCAAAUGGAGACUACGACACAGAGCUCCAAGCCUUACAUGAAAUGGUCCAGCAGAAAGUUGUCACUUUGUUAAGUGACCCUGAAAAUAUUGUGAAACAAACUUUAAUGGAGAAUGGAAUUACACGUUUGUGCGUCUUCUUCGGACGCCAGAAAGCCAACGAUGUCUUGUUGUCCCACAUGAUCACCUUCCUAAAUGAUAAAAAUGAUUGGCACCUACGUGGAGCUUUCUUUGACAGUAUAGUUGGUGUUGCUGCCUAUGUUGGCUGGCAGAGCUCCUCCAUCCUCAAACCCCUGCUUCAGCAAGGCCUCAGUGAUGCUGAGGAGUUUGUCAUCGUGAAAGCUCUCAAUGCCCUGACCUGCAUGUGCCAACUAGGGCUGCUGCAGAAACCCCAUGUCUAUGAGUUCGCCAGUGAUAUUGCUCCCUUCCUGUGCCACCCUAAUCUGUGGAUACGUUAUGGCGCAGUGGGCUUUAUCACAGUGGUAGCUCAUCAAAUAAGUACUGCCGACGUCUACUGCAAGCUGAUGCCUUAUCUUGACCCAUAUAUUACCCAACCAGUGAUACAGAUUGAAAGGAAGCUUGUCCUGCUCAGUGUUCUUAAAGAGCCCGUGUGUCGCUCUAUAUUUGAUUAUGCUCUGAGGUCCAAAGACAUCACUAGCUUGUUCAGACAUCUUCACAUGCGUCAGAAGAAGCGAAAUGGCUCUCUUCUUGACUGCCCUCCACCUGAGGACCCUGCCAUAGCACAGCUUCUGAAGAAACUGCUCUCACAGGGCAUGACUGAAGAAGAGGAAGAUAAACUUCUGGCACUGAAGGACUUCAUGAUGAAGUCAAAUAGAGCAAAAGCUAAUGCGGUAGACCAGAGCCAUCUCCAUGACAGCAGCCAGAAAGGUGUCAUCGACUUGGCAGCCUUAGGCAUCACUGGGAGACAAGUUGAUCUUGUUAAAACCAAACAAGAACCAGAUGAGAAGCGGGCUAGAAAGCACGUAAAACAAGACUCCAAUGUAAAUGAAGAAUGGAAAAGCAUGUUUGGGUCACUGGAACCACCGAACAUACCACAGGCCCUGCCUAAAACCAGUGACCACGAGGUGGUUCAGACUGGGAAGCCAUCUCGCUCUGAGUCCUCUGCUGCUAUUUGUGUCCCUUUGUCAACUUCUCCACAGAUUUCUGAAGUAGCACACAUCCCCAGUAAGAAGCCAGUGAUUCAGGUUUUAAGUAGCACAGUCCUGCCGUCCACUUACCAGAUCCGGAUCACCACUUGCAAGACUGAACUUCAGCAGCUCAUCCAGCAGAAGCGUGAGCAGUGCAAUGCAGAGCGCAUAGCCAAGCAGAUGAUGGAGAAUGCCGAGUGGGAAAGCAAGCCACCUCCACCCGGGUGGCGUCCUAAAGGGCUACUAGUUGCACAUCUUCAUGAACACAAAUCUGCUGUAAACCGAAUUAGGGUCUCUGAUGAACACUUACUUUUUGCAACAUGUUCAAAUGACGGCACAGUGAAAAUCUGGAACAGUCAGAAGAUGGAGGGGAAGACCACCACAACAAGGUCUAUUCUUACAUACAGCCGAAUUGGAGGACGAGUCAAGACCCUGACAUUUUGCCAGGGCUCCCACUACUUGGCCAUAGCAUCUGAUAAUGGUGCUGUCCAGCUUCUUGGAAUUGAGACUUCGAAGUUACCCAAGUCUCCUAAAAUCCACCCUCUACAAAGCAGGAUUCUGGAUCAGAAGGAAGAUGGAUGUGUGGUGGACAUGCAUCACUUCAACUCUGGACCACAAUCUAUUCUUGCCUAUGCCACGGUGAAUGGCUCUCUGGUUGGCUGGGACCUCAGGUCUUCAAGCAAUGCAUGGACAUUAAAGCAUGACUUGAAGUCAGGUCUCAUCACUUCCUUUGCUGUGGACAUCCACCAGUGCUGGCUCUGCAUAGGCACCAGCAGCGGUACCAUGGCGUGUUGGGACAUGCGGUUCCAGUUGCCGAUCUCCAGUCACUGUCACCCCUCCAGAGCUCGCAUCCGGCGCCUGUCCAUGCACCCCUUGUAUCAGUCCUGGGUCAUUGCAGCUGUUCAGGGCAACAAUGAAGUCUCCAUGUGGGACAUGGAGACUGGUGACAGGAGACUGACUCUCUGGGCCAGCAGCGCACCACCACUUUCCGAAUUACAGCCUUCGCCUCAUAGUGUCCAUGGCAUCUACUGCAGUCCUGCAGAUGGAAAUCCUAUCCUGUUAACAGCUGGCUCAGACAUGAAAAUAAGGUUCUGGGACUUGGUUUCCCCAGAGAGGUCCUAUGUUGUAGCAGGAAGCACUAGUUCUCCAUCUGUGUCUUACUACAAGAAGAUAAUAGAAGGCACCGAAGUCGUCCAGGAAAUUCAGAAUAAGCAGAAGGUAGGACCGAGUGAUGACACCCCUCGAAGGGGCCCAGAGUCUCUUCCCGUGGGACAUCAUGACAUCAUCACAGAUAUUGCCACCUUCCAGACAACUCAGGGCUUCAUCGUGACUGCUUCUAGAGAUGGGAUUGUGAAGGUGUGGAAAUAAAUCAUGGUAACUUGUACAAAAUGUUGUAAAAAUUAUAAAUUACCAGAAUUCAAGAGAAAAGAGUCUAGAGCACAAACAUGGUUUUAAAGGAUGAUGUGGUAUUUCUGAAGUUGGCUACACAGCACGAUCUGGGAGUUCUCACUGAACAUGAAAACAGGUGACAAAUGUAAAACUUGAAGAUGAAUUAUGAUGUCAGUUUAUUUUAUAUGGAAAAUGUAAGCUAAAAUGUAAGCUAUUAUGUAAACAUACUUUUGUUAUUAUAACCGCUAUUCAAACUGCAAGUAAAUCUAUUCAAGCAUCUUGA